UCCUUCCCGGACCUAUCUAUCCUGCAGAUUACCACCCUCACAACUGCAUUUCCAUUUCCAUAGCUCCUUCUUCAUUGAAUUAAGAUUCAGACAUUCCUGUUUGAUCAAGAAGAAGUGAAGAUGUGUUCCUCCAAGACUAAAUUGCAGGGAGAUAUGACCCCAAAUGUCUCCCAUAUCAACGGCCGUCCAGUUCUGCACCCCAACUGCAACAGAGUUCCUCUGCUGGAGCGUCGCAAUUCCCUUAAAAAGCCCUCCACAACCACAAAGCCACCCUCUUCCGCCGCAUUACAGCCCUUAUCGCCGCCGUCUGCUACUAAGCUUAGGCCGAAGCCCUCAGCCGCCUCGCCUCCGGUCUCGCCUAAGAUCAAGUCUCCCCGACAGCCGGCCGUAAAGAGAAGCGGCAAUGAUCCCAACGGCCUCAAUUCCAGCCUCGACAAGGCUUUAUCCCCCAAGGCCACUGCUAAAUCAGCAGACUUGUUGUUGGCUAAGAAGUUCAAGAAAGGCGGCGCCGGCGCGGAGACGGAGAGUUCCUUGAUAACCGAAGCGCCAGGAAGUAUAGCGGCGGCGAGAAGGGAACAAGUGGCGAUUAUGCAAGUCCAACGGAAAAUGCGAAUUGCCCACUACGGAAGAACCAAAUCCGGCAAAUUCGAAGAUGGAAAGAUCGGCGCCGCUGACUCUCACCCGCCGGCUGCUACCAGUCCCCGGCAAGAAAAGAGAUGCAGCUUUAUCACUGCCAAUUCUGACCCAAUCUAUGUUGCAUACCACGAUGAAGAAUGGGGAGUCCCUGUUCACGACGACAACAUGCUGUUUGAAUUAUUGGUGUUGACUGGUGCUCAAGUUGGAUCAGAUUGGACAACAGUCUUAAAGAAAAGGCAAGAUUUCAGGGAGGCCUUCUCAGGAUUUGAUGCAGAAAUUGUGUCAAAGUACACAGAGAAGAAGAUAAACUCAACCAGCGCUGAAUAUGGCAUGGAAUUGAGCUUGGUUAGAGGAGCUGUUGACAACUCUAUCAGAAUUAUGGAGAUGAAGAAGCAAUUUGGGUCAUUUGACAAGUACCUGUGGAGAUUUGUGAACAACAAACCAAUAGCCACCCAGUACAAGGCCUGCAACAAGAUUCCGGUGAAGACCUCAAAGUCGGAAAGCAUAAGUAAAGACAUGGUGAAGAGAGGAUUCCGGUACGUGGGCCCCACCGUCAUCCACUCUUUCAUGCAGGCCGCCGGCCUUACCAACGACCACCUCACCACCUGCCUUCGACACCUCAAUUGCAAUUCCACCGCACCAGCUCACUAAUCAAUUGUCUAGUAACCCCUCGUAUCAUAAACUAAGUUAUUAUUAUUAUUAUGAUUAUUAUAACUUAGAAGAAAGAAGAAAAUGUAUCCCAAAUAGGUGAUGAUUGUUUAACAUAGAGAUAUAUAAAUAGUGGGCUUUGAUUUGAUUUUGUUCUUUUUGGGAGUGAGUUUGGAGCAGUAAUUAAUAUGAUGAUUUGGGAGUAGUAACAUAUUGUUAAUUGUAGUGAAAGUGAUAUGAUGAUUAACUUGGGCAGGGGAGGAAAGGAAUAAAGGGAAGGAUAGUGUAUGUAUGUAAGAGUAGUGGAGGUAUGGGGGGACAGGAAGCAUGUGCAGGGUAAAGGGCAUGUGUUUGGUGGGUGCAUAUGCCAUUCAUUCAUCUAUGUGACCACCACCACCACAUCUCCAUUAUUUGUUUGGUGAUGUUUGCUGUGAAGAGAAGAGAAUGCAAUCAGACUGUGUCUCAAUUAGUUUCUGAGUAGUAGAUUGUGGAUGAACGGCUCAAUUGAUUUUUGGGUAGUAGAUUUUCUGAACAAACGACUCAAUUAAUUUCUGGGUAACAGAUUGUGGAUAAACGACUUAAUUAAUUUCUGAGUAGCAGAUUGUGGGCAAGCCAAGAAGUGAAUGCAAUCCGGAGCCAGCACUAUGGAUUUAUGUACACUCCUUUCUUCACCUUUAUAUUUGUUUUCUUCUAACAUGUUACCACCUUAAUUGCAUUAGGGUUAGGCAAACACAAAGUGUUUGGUGAAAGUGCUUGUACUAUAUAUAUUUUAGUGUGGAUUUUGAGUGUUUUUAAUUUGGAUUUUGUAUAUCAAGGAUUGUAGUAUUAUAUAUGGAUAUUGAAUUUCUAUA